AUGGAGCUUGAGCACCGUGCAUAUUGGGCUAUAAAGAAGUUCAAUUUUGAUGUCAAAGAAGCUAGUACAAUGAGGAAGCUCCAACUUAAUGAGUUGGAAGAGCUAAAAAACGAAUCAUUUGAGAAUGCUAGGAUCUACAAAGAACAAACCAAGCUCUACCAUGACAAAGCAAUUCUCAGGAAAGAGUUUCAAUCAGGUAAAUUGAAGUCUAGAUGGGUUGGACCCUUCAAAGUGCUUAUAGUAUUUCCCUAUGGAGCUGUGGAGAUAGAAAGCAUCGAGAAUGACACUCAUUUAAAGGUCAAUAAGCAACGUUUGAAGCCUUACUUAGAGAAUGUCACACAAGAGCAAGUCUAUCUAGUUAUGGAUGCUCUCGAGUUUACAACAACAUAA